UUUGAAUUACAAGUUUACCUUCAUUUGGGAAGAGUUGUGAGGAGGUGUAAAAAUUAGCUGGUCGAAAAGCCCCAGUUAUUAUUUAAUUGCAAAAUAUAUCAACAUUACUUUAUGAUUUAGGAUCUAAAGAUGACAGAAGAACUGCCUAAAACAAUUCACGAGCUAGAGACACCAUGUAUGCUGGUGGAUAUUGACAAAGUUAAGAGAAAUUGUCAACGGAUGACUGACAGAUGCAAAGAGAUGGGGGUGGAGCUGAGGCCUCAUAUGAAAACACACAAAACAAAAGAAGGAGGAGAACUGAUGACAAACGGAACAAAGAGGAAAGUUGUUGUAUCUACAAUUGACGAGGCAAUAUUUUAUGCUGACAAUGGUUUCGAAGACAUUAUCUGGGGAAGCCCAAUUGUAAAAGAAAGAAUUUCCAAGAGGCUAAUUAAUCUAGCAAAUAGAUUGGAAGAGUUUCAUGUGAUGGUUGAUUCAUUACAAGGGCUGAAAGGACUGAUAGCUACCCCACUGAAGGAGGGAAAACAAUGGUCUGUGUUCUUAGAAGUGGAUUGUGGGUAUGGAAGAACUGGCUGUUUAUGGAGUAAAGAGGAAGCGGUAGAAAUUGCAAAAACAGCAGACGACGCCCCUAAUGUUAAAUUUCAGGGACUUUACACACACUGUGGAAAUUCUUACACACCAGAUGUUGAGCAAAAGAAUAGAACACAAAAAGAAACAUCUGAUAGACUUAUUGCAUUGAAAAACAGAUUAUCCAAGAAUGGUGUAGAUUGUAAGGUAGUUGGAUGUGGCUCCACACCAUCCUGUAGUAAACCUAUAGACAAUUUAUCUACACUCACAGAAAUGCAUCCUGGCAAUUAUAUAUUUAAUGAUUAUAAUCAAGUCGUCUGCAACUCCUGUACGUUUGAUGAUGUUGCAUGUAAAAUCGCUACAACUGUUGUGAGUCACAAACCCGAAGUACAGACUAUAGUUGUAGACUGUGGUUGGACAGCUUUUGGACUUGAUGGACCCAAUGAAAACUGGCCACAGGCAGUCUUAGGCAGAGCUCCAGUGGAAGGCCAUCCUGAAUUAAUUAUGGACAGAAUGACUCAGGAAGUAGGAAAAAUGAAGGCUAGGAAUGGAGAAAUAGACUAUAGUAAAUAUCCACUAGGCUCAAGGCUAUACUUGUAUCCUUGGCAUUCCUGUUGCACUGCCUCCCAACAUCCAGUAUACUACAUACAUUCUGGUGACAAAAUUGUUGGAGCAUGGAGACCAACUAGGGGCUGGUAAAAAAUACAGGAGGAGGAAUUGAAAUCGAUGUAUGCCUUUGGCCAACAUCUUCAACCGGAAACUCCUUGCAUUUUACUUGUGUAAUGCUGGAUGAGGUUGCAACUUGCAAGUCACUUGAUGAUUAUAUAUACCACUGUUUUAUCUAGGUCUAGUCAUUUUACAUAAUCGGAAGUAAUUGAACCAUAAAUUCAUGUAGAAAUAUUUGAUGCAGCAAUUUGUACAUUAUAUUAGUUACUGUGAUUUAAAAAAUGUGGUUGUGGUCCAUUUAGAAACGGGUCGAUUUACAGAAUCUGAUAUAAACUUUUGUGAUCACCCUUCGUCCGUCGUCUGUGCGUCCGUGCGUGCGUCAACAAUUUCGUGUCUGCACGAUAGUGGUUUCGUUUAUAGUUGGACUGAGACAAUCAGGGUAGAUAACUAUGGACUGAUUUUAUGUCAAAUUACCUCCCUUUAUUUCAAAUUAAAAUGGGUAUAUCUCCUUAACUAAUGAAGAUACUGAUCUGAAAUUUCAUUUAUGUCAACAGAUUUAUUUGGCAGGUCCUUCUUUUGUUCACUUACAAUAUUUAUUUUUUUAUUACUUCCCUUUUACGUUACUAUAAAUAGCUUAUUAACUUUUUUAUUAUUGGCCGUAGAGAAAAACCGAGACCACUUUUCUGUGGUACAACAUGGAUGGUACCUCCAAUUUUUAGGUGUAUUUUGACAUAUCUAUACCUUGUAAGAAUUUUUUUUUCUUUUUGGUUAAAUUUCUUCCCUUUGCUGUUCCUGUCCUUUGGACUUAGAUAUUUUUUCUGAGGACCUUCUUGUCCUCAAGUGCAAUGAUAACAGGUGAGCGAUAUAGGGCCAUCAUGGCCCUCUUGUUGAAAUAUAGAAGUACAUUUGUGUACCACCGAAUGAACACUAGGUGCAAUAUUUUCACAAUUAAGUGGAAAUGUAGAAUAAUAUUAUGGUGUUCAUGAGUGAAAGAUGUUUUUAUUUUACAUGUAAAACGAACAAAUUUUCAUUUUAUUUCAUGCAUUGUCAUUGGUUUUGACCAAAUUCUACAGACCAAUGUGACCUAUACAUGAAAUAACCACAACAAAGCUUUAUUACACAAGUAUGAAUUAUGUUAUGGCUUUAUUUUUCUCCAGCUACAUCAAACAUGUGAUAAAUUGAUUGUUAUUGUUAUAUUGUUAUUAUUAUUGUUAUUAUUGAAGUAUAUUUUGAUUAUUUACAAACCUUAUUCUUUCACAUUCAGGCAUAGUUCCAAAAAAAUAUAAAUAAAAUUUUUCACUUCUAAGAAGCAGAGAAAAUACAAAUUUUAUUUCACCAAUAUAUUCCAGUACUUCACCAAAAAGCAUAAAAUAAAGUAAUUUCUUAGUAAUUAAAUGUGAAUGUUAUUGACAGCUUUCAUUUAUAAAAAUAUUUAAGUAAUUUGUAAAUGAUGUACAAAACCCAUUGGCGGAUCCAGGGGGAGUCCAGACCCCACUAGAAUUUCAAAGUUAAUGGUGAAAACUUGUAAAGCUGCACUCUCACCAUUGAACAAACAGUACAAAACUCAUAUUAUAACGUGCUGCGGCACCAAGAAUCCAAACAUAACUUGCUGUGUAUUGUAAAUUCAUUUUAAGGAUAAAUGAACUUGUCUAGAACGGUACACCCCUGUAUCUAACGCUGAUUUAAAAUAGUAUGAAUUUUUCAUCCUUGUUCAUCCGUGCCCCAUGUGGUUCUGGGACAGUCUAUGUAUGAAAAGAAUUGGAACCACUGCCUUACCCUUGCAUGAUCGUAAGAGGCGACUAAUACGGUCUUAACACUUGGUUUUGCUAUAACUCUGUGAAUCCAGCAGGUAUGCAAAUUUUGAUUCCAUACCUCAUGUUUAUAUUUCGAUGUAAAUGAGAUGUGAAACCAAAAUUUGUAGUCCUGUUUGGCACCAUAUAACCUAUACUGUGUUGGUGCACCGUAAAACCCAAAUAAAUAAAUUAAAUAAAUUGUUCAUCCGUACCCCCACUAUGCUCGUUUUCAUAUCAUGGGAAAAUUUGCAAAAUAAUGAAUUUCUAAUUUCUGAAGUGAUGAUUACAUUUUUAUGGGUUUCAGAUUCUUUUCUUCUUUUUUUUUUACUCAAAAUUUUCGAAAUUCGCUCUCUGUUGAUCCCGAGAAACACAAUUUUUUUCGGGUGAGGUCCCCCGUACCCCCACCUUUCCCCAUUUGGACCCCCCUGGAAAAAAUCCUGGAUCCGCCCCUGCAGUUUUAACCACACUGCAUAAAGGUGAACUAUCAGAUUUACAGCAACAAAUGUUUUUUUCCAUAACAUGGAGGAAGAUCUUUUUUUUUGUAUGGGAACUGGUCAGUUACAGACUUCCUUAUAUUUCCCGAGUGUUUGAUAUGUGCUAGUCAUGAGACAUCUUUCCAAGGUAUUAAAUAAUGUUAAAUGAUGUUGGUUUACAUUUUUCAAAAAACUGAACAUUCCAUUUUAAAUCUUACAUGUUUCUUUCAAUGAAUAUAAAAUUGUGAUUAUAUAAUGUAGAUCUCUGCAGUAUUUAGAACAAAUAUACAGAUAUGA